AUGCCUCCUUCAACAUGUCUGCGCAGCUUUUCGCGGCUGUCGAUUGAUGCCACACCCGCCGUGCCCCGCCUGCUGCGCCCACAUGUAGCCUGCUUUUCCACGUCGUCGAUGCGAUAUGCCGCCGUGGCCAAGAAGAAGGGCAUGGCGGCUGCUCCCAAGAAGGGUGUCAAGUCCCUCAACACCAAAAAGGGCAAGAAGGCGCCUAGCGCAGGUGAUACGGGAAAGAGACCAGCCCAGGGCGAAAGAAAGGCUCAACGAAAGCGCAUUGUGCUGAGCAACGACAAUGCCCUUGAAGUGUCUUCGCUGCAAGACCUGACCAAGGACAAUGUGCUCAGCGACAAGAAUGAGGGCAAGGUCAUGGGCCUGCCACAGGAAAAUGUCGUGGAUGCGCUGAGAGCCGUCGAGGCUUUCAAGACGUCCCAAGGAUGGAGCCUCUUCCGCCGGCCCGCCGUGUUGAUGCGAAAGGAAGCAAUUCAGCUAGCGAAGCUAUUCAAGGACGUAGAAGACUCGGCAGCCGGACAAAGGAAGACUCUGCGGAGGAUACUGUGUGGUGAGAGAAUGAGUGGGAAGAGUACUCUGCUACUUCAGGGUCUGGCCAUGGCCUUCUUGCGCGACUGGUUCGUGAUCAAUCUCCCAGAAGCGCAAGACCUUGUCAACGCUCACACGGAAUAUGCUCCUCUCCCCGAAUCAGAACCGCUGCAAUAUACCCAGGAUACAUAUACAGCCAACCUUCUCCAGCAGAUGCUCAAAGCAAACGGUGCCUUCCUUCAAGCCACCAAGCUCAGUACAAAACCCGACCUUCCUCUCCCGCUCGCUGCAAAGGCAACGUUGAAAGAGCUAGUCGCGCUCGGCGUAGCCAAUCCCGAGGUCUCAUGGCCAGUCUUCGUAGCCCUGUGGAACGAGCUUUCAUUGCCGGGGCGCCCUCCAAUCCUACUUGCUCUCGACGGACUAUCACACAUCAUGCGCCAUUCCGAAUACAUGUCUGCCCAAGUGAAGCCCAUCCAUGCCCAUGAUUUGACACUGGUGCGCCACUUCGUCGACCACCUGUCCGGGCAAAAGAAAUUCGCCAAUGGCGGAGUAGUUUUGGGCGCAACAUCACAAUCGAACUCUCCUACGUCUUCCGGUCUAGAUUUUUGCAUCCAAGUAGCUAAGGCUCGUAAAGUGUCGGCCGACCAGGUUCCACAAUGGAAUCCGUACAAGAGCGUGGACGCUCGUGUCAUGGAGGCUCUCAAGGGCCUGUACGACAACUCACCAGAGUUCAAUAUCAUUGAGGUUGGCGGGCUAAGCAAGGAGGAGGCGCGAUCGAUCAUGGAGUACUAUGCCGAGAGCGGCAUGCUGAGGCAUCGAGUCGACGAGGGCUUCGUGACGGAGAAGUGGAGCUUGGCAGGCAUGGGCAACAUUGGGGAGCUGGAGAGGGCCAGUGUGCGGAUGCGGCUGUAG